AUGUAUUUUGCAUGCUUUUAUCAACGUGACCUAUUUGAUUCUUAUGAUAAUGAUGAAAUAUUGGUCGAAGAAGAUAGUGAAACAUUAGAUGUUGAAAACAUUAUCCAAGGUAGUCUUGAAAAUAGAAGUUCUAGUUCUGCUGAAAAGGAAAACCGGCGAUUUUAUUCUUAUGGCUCCGAAAUUGCAAAAGUUCUUAAUGUAAUUAAAUGUGAAUAUUCAUAUUCAGAAGUGCAAUUUGAUUGGACCAUUACUGGAAAAUACAAUAGAUACGAUAAGGAACACUUAAUGACAUGGACAAUUGAUAGAGAAAUUGAUGGAAAUUGUCAUAAGCUAUUAGUAUCUAAAAAUGACUGUACACCAAUCAGUUUUAAUGGUGAUUAUCUAGGAUCUUAUUUACUACCUAAUGAUGAUUUAAUCGUGAUUGCAACAAAAUGCGUCGUAAUUUUUACUCUUGUUAACAAUGAAAUACAAAUUAUCUAUUAUGCUGGAAUAAUUUUAUUUGAGAAUAUUCUUCAACAACAUCCUAAAUUUCAACGAAGACUUAAACAAUAUAGUUCUCAUGAGCGGAAUGGUGUGAUAAAAAUGCCUAAAAGCACCUUUACACCAGAAAAUUUAUGGGAUGAUGGAUAUUUUAAACAUGUAUUGGAUUUCAUUGAUGAAGAGACGGAUCCAAACAUUGUGCAGCAUUUAGGAAAGAUGAUAACAAUGUACCUUGAUGAUAUUUAUACAUUUUCACAAUUUUCACCAUAUAUUGUGAAAUCAAUUGUGAAGUCUAAUGAUGAAAAAAGAAAAUAUAGAAAACAUGACAAUGAAAUGAUCGGUUUAAUUAUUGAUAAAUGUAUAAGUUAUUAUAAUGAAGAUAAUAGCCAAUUCGAAGUAUUAUGUGCUAUCACAAGCUCGAUUUCAGAACUUCAAAAAUUAUAUCCUUAUUAUGUUGCGCAAUUCUUCGUUUGUAAUUCUAUAUUUAGUCAUGCAGAUGAAACAAUUAAUUAUGUCCCUUAUCCACAUCUUGCCGGUGAUAUAGAUGAAUUACCUGAACCACAUGUCACCAAAUUUCUUAGAAAUGUUUAUGGAUAUAUUUGUAAUUACUUUAAUGUUAUUAUCAUAGGUAUUAUUGGGCUAAUAUUGUUAUUAUAUAUUGGAAUUCUUACUGCAAUUCUUUCUGGAGUUCGAACGGAUACAUUCAAAUUGUUUGUUAUAGUUGGAACGUUCUUUGUCACUGGGCCAAUAAUAUGUGUUAUAUUAUUUAUCAUCUUAUGGCAAUCAAUAAGAAAUAAAUUAGAUGAAAGAAAGAUUUUUUAUCCAGCAGUUAAACUACUCGUUCCUUUGCCUAAAUUUGCAACUUAUCCCACUGAAUAUAAUUUCUUCGCCGAAUUAUUAAAACCUGCUUCGAAUGAAUUUGUAAAAACGACAAAAAUACCCAUUAUUUACUCUGAUUGGAAUGGAGAAGCACUUUUGAACUUCAAGUGGAAUCGAUUUGCCAAAUAUUAUUAUUAUGUAAUUUGGAUAGUGUAUACCAUCUUUCUUUUAACCUUUACCCUUGCAUCAAGUCAACCAUUUAAUAAAAUCUCUUUAGAAAAUCAAAAAACACUAUUUUAUUGUUCUGUUAUUCUUGGGUUUCUUCAGCUAACAAUUGAAAUCCGCCAAUUUAUCUGGGAUUGGAAAGGUUACAUCGUCAGUACUUGGAAUUGGUUUGCAUUUAUUGUAUUUUCAUAUGCACAUGCGUUUUUUUUACUUUUGCAUCCGGCUGAAAAAUUUAAUCCAUCAAAACCAGUUUAUGACAAUGACGCAAAUAACCCUUGGAAUCUUGCAUAUACCUAUAAUCCUAUUAAUAAUGGAACUAUAAUUAUGAGUCCAUCGCUAAUUUUGCCGCCGAACUUAAAUACCAAUUUAUAUGAACAUUUUGGAACUUCACUAUUAGCCGUAUAUAAAUUAAUGACAGGUGAUACAAGUUCAUUGUCCUCCUGGGAAUAUCGCAAUAGUAUAGCUCUUGUUUUUUUAUGGAUAACAUUUUCACUCUUUACGGUUAUUUAUCUUUUAAAUCUAUUUAUUGGCUUAUUAAAUAUUGCCAUUGCGAGCAACAAUUCUAGAGUUUUAUUUUUACUUUUAAGAGCUGAACUGAUUGCUGAAAUUGAAUUAUUUUAUCUACUUCCUCAUCAGAGAAGAUGGGAUUUUUGGUUUCCAAAACGCAUUUUUUAUCAUGCACAUGUUAAUAAAUUAAAAAACAAGAUUUAUAAUAUUAAUGAUACUUACGAAGAUAGCCGAUAUAAGCCAAAUAUUCAAACUUAUCUAUUAGAACUUCUUCAUAUUGAUGCAAAUGAACUAAAUUUGACAAAACAAAAUAUUCAAAAAAUUGAUAAAUAUACACAAACUGACAAUUAA